CAUUCAUUCAUUCUGGUUUUGUUUUGUUUUUCUUUUUUAAAAAAAAAUCCAUAAUAAAUGAUUAUAAAUUGUGAAAAUAAUGUGAUUAAAUUCUGAAAAAAAUACAAAAAUGUCGGGUAUACAAUUUUCUCAGCAACAAAAAGAAGAUUUUUUGGAAAAAACAUUUACCGAAUAUAUUGGUUGUCAUCCAACAUAUACAAUACCAUUAAUACGUGCACAUAAUUUUAUAAUGCGUGAUAUUGGUCCAAUAAAUACAACCAUACGAUAUUAUAUUGCAAUAAUGGCUGCAUCAAGACAUCGUUGUACAUUUUUAGUACAAUUUUUACGUGAACAAUUUUUAAAAAUUGGUGGUGAUUCAGAAUGGCUGAAAGGAUUAGAAUAUGCGCCGAUAAAAUUACAAUCUUUAAAUAUGAUUAAUAAAAUUCUUGCACAUCAACCAUGGUUAUUAAAAACAACACAUAUUCAAUUAUUAUUUGGUCAGAGUUUAACAAAAAAUAUAAAUUCAUGGACAUUACCGGAAUUAACACAUGCAAUAAUAAUAAUGGCACAUUUUCAUUCACUUUGUUCAUUAUCAUUUGGUUGUCGUUUUGGUUAUGAACCACCUGAAUUUAAUGUUGAUGAAGAUGGUGGUGGUAGUGGUGGUGGUGCUGGUGGUGGUGGUUGUGAUUAUGAAGAAAUUGAAAUUGAAGAAUUACGUUUUGAUAAUAAUAAUUGUAAUAAUAAUAAUAAUAAUGGUAAUAUAAUAAAAAAAAUAGUUAAACGUAGUCCAGCAUCACGUUUAAUUGUUGAACGUUGUAGACAAUUAGAACAAGAAGAUGCAAAUUUAGCUAAAAUAAUGAAUUCAUUUACAUUGGCAACAGCAAAUAUAAAAAGUGGAAAACAUCGUAAUCAAAAACAACAAAAUAAUAAUAAUAAUAAAUAUAGAAAUAAAAAACAUAACGGUAAUAAUAAUAAUGGUGAUGAUAAAUCAACAACAACAACAACAACAAUGACAACAACAACAACAACAACAACAACAACAUUAUCAUCAUCACCUAAUUCAGAUGGAUCAAUAAAAUCCGAAUCAUCAACCAAUGAUAAUUCAUCAUCAUCACCAUCACCAGAUAAUGAUGAAUUUCACCCGAAUACAUGGUCAGAUGAUGAAUGGAAAAAAUAUAAUUUUAAUAUCUUUAUUGAUGAUCCGGAAUUUUGUUAUAUUGAUUUUGCAAAACGUGGUCGUACAACUGAUACAUCAACAUAUCGUAUACAAGAUUAUCAAUGGGAUGAUCAAGGUUAUAGUCUUUCUAAUUAUCUUUUUCCUGAUAUUGCUAGUUUUUUAGAUGAAAAAUUUAAAGUUGGUUAUAAUUUAACAUAUUAUACACUUGGUCCAAAAACCAAUAUUGAUACAUCACCAUUUCGUCGUGCUGUUUGGAAUUAUAUACAAAGUAUAUAUGGUAUACGACAUGAUGAUUAUAAUUAUCGUGAAGUAAAUAUUUUAUUAGAACGACAACUAAAAUGUUAUAUAAAACAUUUAGCUUGUUUUCCUGAAUUAACACCUAAACAUGAUUUUCGUUCAGUAAUGAAAGGUUUUCGUUCAUCCGAAAAAGUUCAUGUUAUUAUUAUGGUUGCUGAAGCACGUUUACAAGCAGAAAUUUUAUAUGCAAUGCGUACUUUAAUGGAAUAUAUGAAAUUAUCUGCUUAAAUUAUUGAAUCGUUUGAUCGAUCGCCAUAUUGUUUUAAUUGUUCUCAUUUAACAUUACACACUGUCAUUAUCUCUCUCUUUCUCUUGAUUUUGUGAUAUAUUUUUUAAAACAUAAUGAUUUUGUUGUUGUUCUAUU